AUGUCCAACCUCCCCUCCGAGCCCGAGUUCGAGCAGGCCUACAAAGAGCUAGUCUCAACCCUCGAAAACAGCACCCUCUUCGAGCAGCAUCCCGAAUACAAGACCGCCCUCAAGAUCGUCUCCAUCCCCGAACGGAUCAUCCAGUUCCGCGUCGUCUGGGAGGACGACAAGAACCAGGUCCAGGUCAAUCGCGGCUACCGGGUGCAAUUCAACUCUGCUCUCGGCCCAUACAAGGGCGGUCUCCGUCUGCAUCCCACCGUCAACUUGUCUGUUCUGAAAUUCUUGGGCUUCGAGCAGAUCUUCAAGAAUGCCUUGACUGGAUUGAACAUCGGUGGCGGCAAGGGAGGAGCAGACUUCGACCCCAAAGGCAAGUCCGAUAACGAGAUCCGCAAGUUCUGCGUUUCCUUCAUGCGCGAGUUGAGCAAGCAUAUCGGUGCCGACACCGAUGUCCCAGCCGGAGACAUUGGUGUUGGUGGACGAGAGAUUGGCUACAUGUUCGGUGCAUAUAAGGCUGCCCAGAAUAAGUGGGAGGGCAUCUUGACCGGAAAGGGUGGAAGCUGGGGUGGAUCUUUGAUCCGACCUGAGGCUACGGGAUACGGUCUUAUCUACUACGUCGCCCACAUGAUCGCUUUCGCCAACCAAGGCACCUUCAAAGGCAAGACAGUGGCCAUCUCCGGCUCCGGCAACGUCGCCCAAUACGCAGCUCUCAAGGCCAUCGAGCUUGGCGCAACCGUUGUCUCGCUUUCCGACUCAAAGGGUGCCCUCGUCUCGACCGAUGGAAACUCUGUCACUCCCGAAGAUAUCAACGCAAUUGCCACCCUGAAGCUCAAGCGCCAAUCACUCACUGACUUCAAGCACGACGGAAAGUACCAGUACAUUGAUGGUGCCCGUCCUUGGACGCACGUUAAGGUCGAUAUUGCGCUCCCCUGCGCUACACAGAACGAGGUCAGCAAGGAGGAGGCUGAGGCGCUGGUUGCCAGCGGUGCGCGAUUUAUUGCUGAGGGUUCAAACAUGGGCUGCACACAAGAUGCCAUUGAUGUCUUUGAGGCCCACCGAAAGUCCAACGGCGACAAGGCGAUCUGGUAUGCACCUGGCAAGGCUGCCAACGCUGGUGGUGUCGCUGUUUCCGGACUCGAGAUGGCACAGAACAGCGCGAGACUCAGCUGGACAAGCAAGGAGGUCGAUGAGAAGUUGAAGGGCAUCAUGGAGGCUGCGUUUAAGAACGGACUGGAGACUGCGAAGAAGUAUGUCCAGGCCAAGGAUGGAGAGUUCCCUUCGCUGGUUGCCGGCAGCAAUAUUGCUGGUUUUGUUAAGGUAGCGGCCGCCAUGCAUGACCAGGGUGAUUGGUGGUAG